CCCAUGAACGCAUCCCAUUGGCCAACACACGCACAUCUCUUACUUAGCGCUUAAUUUCUCAUCCACAGACAGAUACCUCACGAGGAUGCCGAUGACUCGGCUGCGUCAUCCUCCUCUUCCCGCGGCGGCUCGGGAGACACGCGAGCCGGUCCAUCCUCCCCCGACAGGAAACCGGACCCCUCCCUCCGCUUGUAAAAAAUAGUCGCCUCGCCCCUCCCACUCCACCACAAACGCGUCAAGAGCUCCCCAAUGUUCUUCACUAUGCCUUUUUCCUCAGGUAUCGCGGCCAUGAUGGCGAGAACGACCAGCUCCACCAGGCACAUGUCGAGCAGCAGCGAGAGGAGCAGCGACAUGAGGUAGAUGCGGGGUGCGGGGUCACUGAGGGAUAUGUCUCUGUCCUCAUUAUAGAGGAACCCUGACAGCCGCACCGUUCGCUCGGGAUCGCCCGGUUUGAGGGCCAGUCGGUAGAAGAGCGCCGACCUGACUAUGUCACCGUCACUGGCUUCCUCCGGCCACUCUAUACUGAUCUCUUUGUCGUGGUGCUCGGCCGUGAAGGUGAAGAGGACGAAGGCCAUCAUAUAGAAGGCCAACAGGAAGAAGACCAGCCAAACGACCAGCUGGAGCACAAACAGGCCCUUUGCGGCCACGAUGCGCUUCUCGGCAGCCUCGUCUGAUGAGUAAGGAGACGGGGCGGUGGUGGUCUGGUACUUGUCUGAGGACCGUCGUCUCCUGCCCCCCUUUUUUCUGGCCCUCCUCUUGUUCAUCUGUCUCGUGCAGUAGGCGAUGGCAGAGGUGAUAAAUAGGGGAAAGAGCCUUGGCGGCUCCAGGAACAUCUCGAUAUAGAGGGCUUCCGUGUCUUCCUCUUUGAUGCCAUGCCGCUCCACGAAGGCCUCAAAUGGGAGGGGGACCCACAGACCGUACGAGGGCAGGAGGGAGAUAAGGCUGACAAACAUGGACGUGAUGAAAAUCUGAAACACGUCCCAUCCACUCCACAUGUGGUCUUCACUAGCACACUUCCAUGUGCUGUCGACCACCCCGCUGCACCGCCCCUCCCGCCCCUCGAAUGUGCCGGCGGAUAAGAACGUCAUGCCGGGGAGGAAGAGGAUUGACACCGCUGCGGUGUGGGAGAACACACGCAGGAACAGCAAGACCGCCUUCGUGUGCUUGGCCCAGGCAUAAGUGCCCGAGUCGUGGGUCAGGCACAAUAAGGAAUGGAACUCCCGUAUGUGUUCGUUGAAUCGAGACAGAUACCGUCCUGCCGCUGUCUUGGGCUCUCGGUCAGCAUCCUCAGCCUCAUCCGACUCCUCUCCAUGUGCCUCCUCGUCGCUGGCCGCUUUUUGUUCCCCCGCCCGGCUGACAGCCAUUGGCUGCCCCUGCCAUGUUGAGUACAGAAACUGCGGCUGCGACCCGACAGUGUAGCCCAUCAUAGGCGCAGAGGCAAAGGAGGGGCUGGUGGCUGCCAAUGCCAUUGUGGGGGAGCCCGAAGGCGUCCGAGAAUCGCUGUCUCUGCUGUCGCUCAACCUGGCGUCAUCGAUCGCCAUCGGUGGGGGGCUGAAGUGCCGUGCGUCAUCAACUCGCUCAUGCGGUGGAGGCAGUCUCUGAGCACCGCGAAUGGGCGGCAGACGUGUCUGACGUCGUGUCGUUUGUAUGAAGGCACUCUCACGAAGGGGCGCACGCUGCUGCUGCUGCUGCUGUUGUUCAUCUUCCUCUUCCUCAGGUGGUGUGGGGGGCGGCUCGACUUCAUCAUCGGCCACCGAUAUGGCCUCGUCCAUGUCACUGUCCUCCUCAUCGUGGUCCAUCUCGCCCACCACCGGUAUCCACAGGGAGUCCUCGAGCGUCACCUGCCCCUCAUCGCGCGACUGCAUGCCCAAGGCCACCUGUGCCUGGUAGGGCAGCCCGCUGAAAGAUGCUGCUGUUGACGAUGCAGUGCCGGUGCGGGGAGGGCCCUCAGACACUACUAUGGCACCCAUCUGAGGGACGGCUGGAUCGGAGACACGGUGGCUGCCAGGGAAUGGGUGCUGCGGGAAUGAACUCGGUGAGACGGGCAUAGUGGCGUGCAGGGGGGGCCCCAUUUGGCUGGGGAGUGCGUAGGCAACAGGCUGAGAAAGCGGUGCCUUCAGCAAGAGCUCCGAAGCGGGCGGGGGCGGGAAUGCUGUCGGGUCGGAGAAAGCACCAUCUCGCAGCUAAACAGCAUGUCAGCAUGCAUUGUUUAAGGAGGCAUGCAAUGCAUGGGUAUGUAAUGAGCGGCUUUCCUCUUGUUCCCUGGCUGUGCUGGCGUGCUGUUUCCUUACCUUGCUGGCUUCCUUUUCUGCGCCCUCUACGGCUUGUGUGGCUUGAUCGUCGAGCUUGGCCAGCUUGAGCUUCGUCCGCCGCCGCUCACUCAAAUCCGCCCACCAACCCAACACAAUUGACGACAGCGCAAAACACAGCAGACCUAUCGAGCUCGAUACAAGGAGACGCACCACACCCGUGGAUGGAUUCACGACUGCCUGGCCGACAUACGUAAGUACAGGCACCUGUGGCGAGGUAGGCGCCCAUAGCGUUGCCUGGCUCGAGUCGGGCCAUCCACCACACCUUCCGCUCAUGCACGAUGGGCUUCGGUAGGGGCGGAGGGGGAAGAGGUGCGCGAGGCACAGGCAGCAUGCUCAUGGUGGGAGCCCACUGCAUCGUCGCGUUUGCUGCGGUGGUCAGCAGAGGGCACGUGCACGACACUUUGACGCCCGUGACGGUGUCGUUGCCUCCACUGUUGGCGAGGAGCUCGGUGAUGGUGGUGGGCUGGCAGCCAUGCUCGAAGGCGUAGCGCCACUGCUCAUGGCCGGGGUCCCACACUACACAGACAUAGGAGCUGACAUAGGUCGAGUUGAAGCAGACGGCAGACGGCUUCUGGAAUGUGUCGCUCUCGUCGCAUGCAGGGAUGGUGUGGGUGAGGGUGAUGGUUGCCCCGUCACUGGUCGAAGAGUUGAGUUCGCGAGCGACAAGAGCGGCCAUUCUCUCCUCUGUGCUCGCAUUAGCUCGAUACACCUGGAUAUAGACAGAGGGGACACGGCAGACUCAGGCGUACAUCGCUGAUCUCGCUCCUUCACCUGUAUGCCCAGGGAUGGUGUGCCCGUGACGGCGGCUCGAUGACUCCACUGGGACCACUCAACGCCAGGCUUCCCCAUCCAGGCCACAAACGAGCAGUCAGUACAGCUUAAGGCCCCACUAGAAGGAGCUGCAGCACUAUACUGCAGCCGACUUGUCGACACGGCCCCUGCUGCUGAUCCAGGGUGGCUGCCCGAUGUCUCCCAUGAUACCACGGCCUCACCAGAGACCGACAGAGAGAAGGAGCCCACCAAGCCGAGGGAGCCCGACGUCUCUAGUGUUUCCACCGUGUUGGGCUUUGCUGUCUGCAGCGAGGCCUUGGCCAUGAGCAUCUCCUGAAUGAAUUGCAGGUGUCGGCUCAUCUUGGCGGCAGCCUUGCGGGAGACGACAGGAAGCUCUCGGUCCCCCCAUCUGAGUGUACUCGUCAGCAGCAUGGACGUGUCUGGCUCGCUGACGGCAGAGGGAUUGCCCCAUUGGGGGGGCAGCCACCAGCCGGGCAGAAAGGAGGGCGCACUGCUCGAGGCGGGGCUCCUCUGCAGCCUCCUCCGUGAGAAAGUGGCCCCCGUAAGGACAUCCGCCAAGUAGAAGGGGAACGGGGAGGGGACGACAAAGGAUGGAGGGAUCCCACACGGACACUCGCCCAGGAAUGCGGGGGCUCCUUCAGUUGACGAGUUGAGAACGAUCAUCUUGCGGAGAUUGCUGGGGGGCUGAAAGCGAUCCGGACUCACUUUCUUGAUGCUGAGUUUGGCCUCGACAUUCGACAGAUCGGCUGCAGUGUACACGUGGGCAAACGAGGAGGGAAAUUCGAAAGUACAAGUGGUCACUGGUUGCUGUUUCCCGGUGUCAUUUGGUGGUGGUGGGGUUGUGCAUGAGACGUUGGCCUUGAGAUAAGUGGGGUCCCAGCAGAGAUAGGAUGGAGGCUCACCGGCUUGUUGCUCCACAUAGUAUAGGCAGAACGGGCGGGUGUUGUCAUGGACCAGGGCAUUGUAAGGUCCCUCCUCCCCUUCCACCAGCGCCGAGGCCUCAUCCGGUGGGAUGGGCGGCAGCAGAGACACGAUACCUUCUGUCAUGUUGAGCACUGUCUCGAGGGCCGGCCCGCUUAGGGAAGAUGCAGAGCUUUCCAGGACAAUAACGCCCAGGAAGUCAGUAGCGACUGCGAGAAUUCCCUCCGACAGCCGAGAGCUGUCGCUCAGGACAUGCCUGAGGACCUGCAGAUGCAGCUCAAUGUAGGCCGAUGACAGGGGAACCAGCGAGGCAGCUGCCGCAGCGUCAGUAAACAAGGUCUCCGCCAUGCCCAGGAUGUACUCGGCCAUCUCUUGCUGCAGAAGCCGCUGGCUGGCCAUGCGAUCGCACGCUACGCCCUCCCAGCCAGCGUCACACACACAUCGGUCGGUGUCUUGUUUGGUCACAUAGAUGAGCUGUUGUUCGAUGACCUCCACUGUACCAUCCCUGUUGACCCUCGUCAGCGUCACUCGAGGGGAGAAGUCCACACUCGAGGCAUCGACUGUACGGGCCACGAGCCGCAGCUCCUGAACGAGUCGCACGUUGGGACACCGGCCAUGUUCACCGCAGUGCUCGCUGCAGUUGAAGGAAAAAUCGCUUGGCUGCGUGCGGUCCGGCCAGAGUGCCGCCAGAGCCACCUCCUGCAAAGCCUGCAAGACGGCAGACGGGCCGGAAGCACGAAGACGGUCGAUGCUCUCCUUGAUUUUAUCGAACUCGGCAGGGAGUGAGACGGGCUGCGAAGCGGGGACGGCAGAUUGUUGGUAGUCGAGGGGUAGAGCGGCGAGCCAGGGGUGGAGGGUGGGCCCCGUGCUCUCAAGAAACGACACAUUAUGGGUGGCUGAUGUGGUCACUGAGCCCAGCCAAUCCGACACGACCGCCCUAACGCUGAAGCACACACAAAGCCCAAAGGCAUGUACAUCAGUCAGCGACACAAUCCAUCCGGUCCUCACCCAAUCUUUCCACGUCUCGGAUAGAGAAGCGCUUUCAGGUGAGGCACAUACAUCCAAUCCGACAGCAACACGAAGUCCUCGUCCGUGUCUGACGCAGUAGUGCGGGCUGUGGUGUUGGCUUCCGUCACAUUGGGGGACACCUCGUUGGGUGCGGCAUCGAUGAACGGAUAGAAAUCCCUGUGGCGCGUCUCAAGGAAGGGCUGGUACUCAAAUCUGUAGGCAAGUGGCAGAUGGUCGGCACUCCACCCCCUAAGGUCGAAGUCCGCCUCCCAAAGCCCAAAGGUGGCUGCCUUCUCCAUUGCUCUCACAGACAAGCUCCCUCCCCCUGGUGGAGACGACGCCUCGAUCAGCUGGUCCGCGGUGACCUUAAGCAGCGUGCUGUCGGGAUUGACGGCAGGGUGCUGCCAGUCGAGGCCUAGAGUGAGAGUCAGACGAAAAUUCAGGACAACGCCUGGCAGCAGCAGCAGUGGCGGCACGUGGAUGAAGAGAGAAGAAGACUUGGAGGACAGGUCAACGGUGGCGUUUGAAAGGGUAGCAUUGACACUUUUCGACCGUGAUGGUGUGUCUUGGACUGGCCAAAACUGAUCAGCUCUCUCGAAAGGGGUGCCCACGCUCCACUCGACCUCAUACGCAUAGAUGGUCUCCCCCUCCAUCUCCAACGGUCUCGCCACAUACUGGAAAUCGCGCGUCGUCGAGGCUGCACCGGCCGCAGGCGACGCCGUCCCGUUGGUCCUCUGAUUCAGUUGCGCGGCCAGCACGAAGCCAAAGCCCUCUGGCACCGUCACCACCGUUUUUGCACCUCCAGAUGUGUCGAUGAUUGUCUUGGUUGGUGCGUGCUGGUAUGCCGAUGGCAGCCCUUCCCCCCUGUCGUAGCUGAGGGAGUCAGCCACGCGCAGAGGUGGCACCUGGUGGAGGGCUGGGACAUGUCUCGGGCUGUCAGGCUGCAGAAUUGUCAUAAUGCUCGCCUCUACUGCGGAUGGCUCCAGCGUGCCUGCAAAGAAAGGAGUAGUCCAUCAAGAGGGAAAGACCUUUAUCCUCUGGUGCAGUUCACUGAAAGAGUGAGCGCCUUGGAGAAUCCUCCUGCUGAUCGUUGCAUCGGCAGCGUCCAGUGGGGCGAGCUGAGUCUCUCGCACCUUGACGGUAAAUGCCUUCUUGCCGCAAAGACCGGCAUUCAAACAGGCUGUGGCAGUGAAAACAUAAGUGCCAGGCACAAGCUUGUUUGCAGGAAUGAACAGUCGUCUUGAUUUGUCUCCCUCGGUCAGAUAAUCAGCCAUAUGGAUCGGCUGAGAGUCGUUUGUUCCCGUCCAUUCUAACGAGGGGCUCUUGCUGAACAAGGCCGUCACCUCGGCUGGCGGCAGCUGACGGAGACCCGUGCAGCCAUAUGAGAUCAGCACCUCUAUCUCCAACAGCAGGGGGUCGCCCUCCGAAAGUGUUAUAGCCGGUGGCUGAAACCCAUGGACGACUGGCACUGGGGCUUCAUUCGGCAGAAUCUGCAUCGAGUGGCGGGUGCUGGCACUCUGGCCCAGGACGUCGGUGAUGGUGAGCUCGAAGGUAUAGAGGAAGCCCGACGUUAGUGGAGGGGGCAGCAUGCCUGUGCCCCACCACUCGGCCGACGCCACGAAGGAGAGAAUGGAGCCGUUGACAAGCUGAGGACUGUUUGAAUACACAGUCUGCAGCCGCAGGAGCUCGGCUGAUGCUGCCGCUGGUGUCUGUGUCUCGAGCGCAUUCACGUCAUGCACUCUCCAUUUAUACUGAAACACAACACCGAAAGGACACCAGUUGGCCAUCCAAAGACACACUUAUCUUAUAUGUACCAUUAUCGGCCACGUGGGAAGCCCAGGGAUUGUGGAAUAGGCACCGGACAGAUCCGCACCCAUACACCGAGAUAUCGCACCCGGCCCUGAGAUUAUCGCUCUGAGAGGGAUCUGGGGCGUGCCUGCUUCCACCGUGACAUUCUGAGCCUCAUUUGCCGACCCUAGGGAGAAAUUAGCACCUUAGUAGCAGUCAUGCACCGAUGAUGCCAUACAACCCGCUUACCCGGCGCGAAUCGGUAUCGCCUUAUCGCACCUUCUUCGAUGGCCAGCACUGAGCCAGGUCUUACAGUCGCCCCUUCGGCAACCACAAUCCGGGCUGUGCCGGGACUGUCGAACGAGCAUGACGCCUGUCCGGCUCUCAUAUCCCCAUUGGUAGCUUCGAGAAGCCGCAAAGGCUCUGCACCAAACAGCGACUGGCAGGGGAAGACCCGCUUGGUGGUCGGGGGCCCGCCCGUUGACGCGACGCCCCCGAUGACCACCGGAUUUGGCGAGAACGAGAGGGAGAUGGCGGCAAACGAGGGUGAGAAUGUGGCGGAUACCACCCUUGAAGGGACGGCCUCGACGCAUAUCGAACUGUAUGCACAGAAACACACGUACGCUCCGGUUGGUUGAUUGGACUGCCAUGUCAUUUGUGUGUGACCUGGGUAGCGGGUAGUUUGGGGCAUCGACUGAUGGGCUGACUCGGAAGCAGUAGAAGUCAUCUUCGAUGCCACAUGUGACAUUGCACCCGUCCCCACUUAGCAAGUUGCCUACAUCAGAACAUGGUUCAGUGACGUUGGAGCAUACACACACACACUCUCUUGUCUGUUUGAUCAAGCUUUGCACCGUCGUCACAUUGCUCCAUAGCCUCGACCAGGAUAGAGUCCCCGCAGACAGUUGAGCACUCAGAAAGCUCACCAGACGACGCAGGCGGCCUGGUACACUCAUACCCCUUCUCGAUCUUGCACCCUGAAUCACAUCCAUCCCCCGAACUCGUAUCGCCGUCAUCACACUCCUCCGACGGCUGGACGAUGCCAUCGGAGCACCGCGACACUCCUUCGUAUCGACAUGAUUGACAGCUCUCUGUUGAUCCUGUUGUGUUGGACGUCUCGCACUCCUCAUGUGCAUCCAGCCGUCCGUUGCCGCAUGUCGAUUGGCAAAUUGAAGGCUUGGGCCCAUAUGGGCUGUCUACUAUCGCUUGGGCAAGAUUCAGGUCCACUGAGGGAGGCAACCCCCCAUCAGAUCCCGACUCCCGCUGACUCCACAGUUCGACGCUCUCUGACAUCGCAAUGAGAGCCGUGACGUUGCUGAGAUAUUCCGAGCGGUUGACGGGUGGCAACGGCGCUCCUCUGGUGCAGUGGUAGCCUGGUUGUGUCUUGCCGUUGAGGCAUCCGAGCGAGAGUGGGUCAGCAGAGGGCAUAACAAGAGGCAGAAUGGCGGCGAAGAGGGCUCCCGUGUCACAUGUCUCCCCUCCUGUCUCAUAGCCAUCCCCAAAGAUGGGCGAACACACAGACGGCUUGCCCCCCUGGUGACACACAGCAAUAUACAUAACAGGAGACGAUGAAGCAACAGGAUACUCCGUGGAUGCCUGUGCAUUCGUGGCGUGAUGGCCCCACCAUUUCUUCGCGUCUAUCGCAUGAAAAGGUGCUUUCCACGAUACACGUCUUGCUGCAGCCGUCACUGGCCCACGCGUUCCCAUCGUCGCUGUAAGAACGAGAAGAGGCAGAGUACAUGAUUUGCCAAAAGGGCGUCUGGCUCUUCUUUCGACCAUUCUUCCCCCAGUGGGUGGACAGUCCCAUCACCACAGUGUGGCCUGCAAACGGAUAUCGGCCGCUUGGCGGCUUGUUGUACUUGGACCUGGUCCUGUCUGGCUGAGAGUGUUUCGUUGAUGAGGACGAAGGCGUCGUCUGUGCUCCCCGCUUGAGCAGUGGAUGUCUCGUUGGCUGCAGGGCCGGUCACUUGCAGGAACGUUAGCGGUCCCUGCUCCAUCCCUUCAAAGCUUAGCUCACACAGCCAGCCCUCCUCAAUAAGGCACUGUGAGCUGCAGCCGUCACCAUCUACCAGAUUGCCUACAGACAGAGAGGAAGAGAGUCCGUGUAGUUCCACGUCGUGGUCGUUUCUCAUGACAGGUACAGUACCAUCGUCACAGCUUUCCUCUUCCUGGACAAAGAUGCCGUCGCCACACACCGCUCGGCACUCAGUUGUGCCGUUGAUGGGCUCGAUCAAGCACAUGUAGCCAGUGAGGAUCAUGCAAACCCCUGCGUCACACCCCGUCGGCAGCGACGGGGGCAUGCCGGAUGGGAAGGGAGUGAUGCCGUGUGUUGUCCAGUUGAAGACUCCACUGCCGGCAGGUGUUGAUCCUUCACCGAGGCCGAUGAGAGGGAUGUCGCAUUGCUGCACGGCAGAAAGGACGGGCUGAAUGCAAGUGCAAACAUCUUCUUUAAGUGCUCGCUCACACCUCAUUGCCAACAACAAGACCAUCGCCGCAGACCUCUUGGCAUACGUCAGUGGAUAGGGCAGAGCCUCCGGCACAUUCAUAGCCUUCUUCCACAGUGCACUUGGCACUGCACCCUCUCUGCUCGAUCCCACCUGGCACAUUGAUGUAUAUUGGAAUUCACUCUGACGUACUAUUCGGCUCACCUGUGUCACAGUGUUCGUCGCCGACUCUGAGGCCGUCGUUGCAUACCGGCAGACACAUGCCGGGGCCAGUGACGCUUUGAUGGCACUCCCACCCUCUUGCUAUUCUGCAGUCUGAACAGCCACCGCCUGAGAGGGGCACAGCCAGGGGUCGUAAACGGGGUCCUCUCGACGACAACUCUGUUUGUAUGCGGUACGUACCAUGGGACUGGUUCCCCAGGUCGCAUUCCUCAUUGUCGGAUUUGAAGGCGUCGCCACAUUCGGCUGCGCACUCCUGCUUGCACCUGCAAAUGAUGGCCCGGUCUGGAGUCGACAAAGGAACGCCUUCAGGUACAAAGCACUCGCGAGGGCACGCACACUGGAAUCCCUGCUCGAUCCGACACCGAUCAUCGCAUCCGUCCGCAGCCAGUAGAUUGCCUACAUGCAUACAAUCACAAGAGGGGUCCGUCCGUCGGCGACGCUUCAGCGUCCUUGACCAUCAUCGCAUUGCUCAUGCGGCGACUCCAGCACGCCAUUCCCACACGUCGAGGGACACUUGAGCGGCUCCCCCGGCGACCUCAAGGAGCAUUCGGAAGGCCCCUUGAUGAGGGGCAGCUGGACGCCGGGCGUGAGGGUGAGGCGAUCCACUGAUGGCGAGUUGGCGAGCUCUUCGCGCAUUCUCUUGUAUACCGCGGCGGCUGAUGGGUCUAGACUUGCGGGGCAGCACUCGUACGAUUCCUCAACAAGACAUGAAGGGGAGCAGCCAUCGCCGCCGCUGAGACACACGAAAGAUGCUCCAAGUAUGUCCAGAUGCGGAACCUGUUGCCUCAUCCCUUACACGAUAUUCAUGUCAUCGCAACUCUCCCCUCCAGCUGUGUAGCCGUCCCCGCAGAUGGGAAAGCAUGUCGACCGUCUUGCUUCCGUCAUGAUGUCGAUGGCACAUUCCCAGAAGGGCUCGAUGGUACAACUCGACGAGCAGCCCUGUAGGACAAGCGCUGCAGAAGGAGGGUGGAUUACUUGACGCUUGUUCACCUUACGUCAUCGUUGUGUGUGUUGCCGUCAUCGCUAGAAAGGGACGACAGGAAGAAACGUGAGUCGGUGUCACCAUAUUUGUGCACAAGAUUUGCUCUCUCGCCUGCCUCACCACUCUUCCAAUCCCAGCUUGCGACCAUCGCCACAGAUGGGGACGCAAGGCUGCCCCUCCCCCACUUCAGCCCUCAUUGGACACACCCAGCCUUCUUCAACAGUGCAAUUGGGGUAGGCACAUCCAUCCGCAGACCUCGUGUCGCCGUCACACUGAUGAAAAAGGAGAUCAGACAGCAUCCAAUAAUUCUUUGGGUGCAUGUCUCAGCAAGCAGCUCGUGAUAUCACUUGCUCGGUGUCCUUGAUCAUCAUGUCUCCGCACAGGGGGUGGCAGACCGACAGACUGAUUGCGGGCCCACCACCCUCGGGCAGAGUGUCUGAGGUGGCUGAGUCUUCAUGGCAAAAGUAACCUCUCUCAAUCUCGCAGAAGACGCUACAGCCAUCGCCAUUCACCAGGUUUCCUACAUGGGAAAACAGCGAAAGUACGUCAACAGGAACGGCGAUCUUGUCUUACCAUCAUCACACUGUUGUCCCACAAAUGUCCCUGAACCUGAGUAGGCAGUCAAAUAGUAGGGACGACAGUGGUAUCUGUACAUGAGAAACGCAUCUAUUGUGGUUCAUUGAUCUGCUUUCUUUCGUGAUACCGGUUGCUGCUCCGCCCCUUCGUUCUGGCAUCCGAAUCCCGUCAGAGCACUCGGGCACGCACAUGUCCGGCUGAUAUUGUCGAUGGGCCCACUUCUCAACGCCAGCAGGCACCCGUGGCCGAUAGCAGCUGAGCGAGAAAACAAAGACAGAGCGAAGGCGGAUAUCUGAUGAGUUAGGCGAAGUUCUGUUUCCUACGUGAAGCCCUUCUCAAUCUGACAGGUCCGGCUACACCCGUCGCCGGAGAGGGUAUUGGAAUCAUCGCACUAUGUCACCAAGCAGACAGAUACAGAGGUCUAAGAGUGAGGCAGAAGUGGCCUAGGUGUGUUCUCACUUGUUCUAGGGGCUUGAUAAGCAGAGAGUCCCCGCAUUUGGGCAAGCAGAGGUCAGGCUGUCCCGUCUUGGCGCGGCUGAAACACUCCCACCCCUCCUCUACUUGGCAGACUUCAUUGCAUCCGUCCCCUCCGAUCAAGUCUCCGUCAUCACAGGCCUGUGUCCACAGGAUCUAGGUGGCAAACUACUUCGGGCAGAUUGAGUGCACUGACCUCAUGCGCAGGGACACGAUAUCCAUCUGAGCAAUUCGGGAUGCACGCCGAACCAUUGAUGCCGAGGACUUCAUCGCACAGCCAGCCCUUUUCGAUGCGGCAAAGGUGGUCGCAGCCGUCGUUUGGGUUUAGAUUACCUGCAAUACAUCAAGCGGGACACCGUAAGUGUGAGAGCGUCUCCCUCUAAGCGCCGUCGAAGCCUUACCAUCAUCACACUCCUCAAGGCCGUAGGGAUUCAGUUUGCCGUCCCCGCAAGCCUCCCGCAGACACAGCUCGACGCCGUUCCUCAUCUCCUCCAGAUUGGUCUUGUUCACUCUCAAAUCACCGAUAGCGCUCUGCGCAUCCGCAGGGUACUGCUUCAGCCGCACACAGACCCAGCCGGGAGCCACUUUGCACUCUCUUGUGCAUCCGUCAUUAUUGUUGAUGUUGGCGUCAUCACAUCUGGGCAGCGACAAGCAAAGAACUUGACGGGGCAGAUGUCCGAACAUUCACUCCUUACUCUUCGCCUCCAAAGCGGAAGCCGUCUGGACACGUGGCUUGGCACUCACUUGUGAAGCUCUCCAAUGAUGGACUCCAGACGUCCUUGCACGUGAAUCCGAAACGUGUCUCGAUGGUGCAGUUGGACGAACAGCCGUCUCCGUCGAUCAGGUUGCCUGCAAAUCAGACACAGAUUCGUCAUUGCAUAGCUCGGCAAUUCGUAUCCCUGAGCUGCCCCUUCGCAUGAGAGAUUGACCAUCGUCACACUCCUCGCGUCUGUAUGCUUCGAGAUGGAUGCUGUUCGUCUCAUUGACCGUCUCGUCAAUGUAGAUAUACACGUCUGAUGAGCAGACAAACACAUUCGUGGAUGGACAGACAAGAAAGCGGCCUUCUUUGCGGUAUACACACGUCCGUCGCCUGCACAUACAACGACAAGGUGGCGGAUGCAACGACAUUGGCCGCUACAGUCAAAGUCGUUGGCAUGAGGUGCACGCACCGCAGUCAAUGUUGCAAUCAUCGUGUCCAGACGGGCCAGGCGAGCACGAAUAGAACUUCUCCACCAAUCCAUGAUUGUCACAACCAUCGUUCUCGAGCCUGUUCAUAUCGUCGCACUCCUCAGAGCCCACACGGAUCUAAAAUUAAACACAUGCGUGGCAAAUGACAGAUGCGUGUGAGGCGCGUGACGCGUGUGAGGCGGGCUGUAAUGUUCGUUCAUCUUCUCUGACCCACCCCGUCUCCGUGGAUGGGGCUGCAGUACAAGUACUGCGUGAUAUUGUCAGGGGCAUUCCAACGAAGGCCACACGUCCAACCUGUCUCUAUCUCACACCAACUGUUGCACCCAUCUCCUACCAAAAGAAUAUACAAUGGACAAGCAUCCAGGGGAAGGAAUCGCCUCACCUGGCUGGAUGUUUGCGUCGUCGCACCCCUCGCUCUCUUCUCUGAUGCCAUCGCCGCACAAACCAACCGUCCUCGCCACAAAUACAUCCGAGGGGGGCGAUUGGCCCGUGCUCGUCUGAACUGACAGUCGUAGGCCGUAACUCGUCGAUGAUCGGAGAUUUGGCAAGAUCAAAUGAGUGUCGAAUCCGCUGAGUGUCAUUGUUCUGCUUGGCAGCUCAGCCCAAUUUGUGCCAAGUCCACGAGCAUCUUCAUAGACUUCCAACAACAUCUCCAAGACGGGCAACCCGCCGGACAGGGUCGGACGAUAUGUCACGUUGAGUGCCAGAGAGGUCGAAUAGGCCUUGCGAAGCGCGAAAGAGGUCAGGGGAGGCUUUGAUGGGGCCAUGAAUCGCGUCGUAAAGUCUGCAUACGAGAGCGCUACGGGAUUGCCGUAAUAGUCUUGAUAUGAAAGCCGGAUGCGAUAGCGAGUGCCGUCUCUCAGGUACCCAGUAAAGGGAGCAAGGAUGGGCUCUGUUGUGACCGCAUGAGUGACCUUUGACGUCGGUUGCUGACUCGCGGUGCGGAGUAGCGGGUGGGGCGCCAUUGAUGGGCUCGAAGGGUCAAGGAAAAGGUCAUUCACCAGUAGCUGCAUGUGAGUAGAGGAGCGAUGACGUGCAUCGCGCUUUCACCAAUGUUUUUUUCACCUCAAUCGUUUUCCACACGCCAUAUUCUUCCAUCUUGGGCACAACCGUGAAGGAAUAUGGGGCGAUAGGAUCUCUGGCGCCCUGAUCCCACUCAACCAUCUCUGAAAGCGGCAAAUGAGAAUGACAUGUCACACAAAUGGCCAGUCAUUCUUGCUUUCCUUGCCGUCGUGCCUUCAAUAUCGACGAGGAGCGACCCAGCUUUCGCGGGCUCGGGGAUGCGAUAGGAGAUGCUGAGCGGCUGAGACACGGGAAGCGAGUCGACCUGGAGUUGAGCCGACUCGGUAAAUCGAUCGAUCCAAUGGAACAGAUCGUAUACAUAGGUGCUAUUCGCCUCAUUGCCAUCGGCAUCUUGUGCUUGCAGUUCCAAAUCAUAGGAAGCACCAUCCACGAGGCCGAUCGAUGCUCCAUCGCUGCUGUUGAAAUCGUCGACCAACAGCGGACCACCUCGAUGUAUCUGCGCUGGCAAGUAUGGCGAUACGUUGCUGUCGAUGCUUCGGCUUAGGUUGGACGCCGUAAGCAGCAGGUCAUGUGGCCCCUGCUGGCAGCCCUCCCAACUCAGCCUCAAGUAGUAGGGCGCGCCAGUGUCGUUGACGGGAGAGGACGGAGAGAGGGAUAAUAUCAGGAAGGCAGUCCACUCCGCCAUUGCCUCAGGCAGGUGAUAGCGUAGGUUAAUUUCUUGAUGCAGCCAGGACCCGUUGUGGAGGCUGACCAGCUCGGGGGCCUCCGUAUAGUUGUCCUGCCUGAGGGUGAGCCGUGUCGCCGUGACAUUGGCCUGCUCGUGAUCAAACACAUCUUGAUAAGACACGAUGAGAUCGUAGAUGGCGCCUUCUAGCAGACGGUGGUGGAAGUCAGUGUCCUCCAGCGGCACGGGGAGGGAGCCAUUGGAGGAUAUCGAUGUGAACAGGGGGCUGGCCGAGUCCGUCAUGAACGGAUGCCAGUGCUGGGACAUAUUGACUGAGUUGAUAUAGACCCUGCAGACGGAAACGGAGCAGAAGAGAAAAAAGAUAUCGGGGUCUCUCACGUGUCACACUUUUCUUUCUGUCCACUGACACGAAGCUGCCCGCUCUUGCGAAGUCCGCAUUGACAGUGAGGAUGUGGGGCGUGUCGGGAUCGGUCACAAGCCUGAUCUCGUCUGAGAAGACGUCUAAAGGGGCAUUGACGAGCGUGAUCGUCACUGUGUUGUGAGAUGGCCACUCGGGCAGCACAACCUCAAUGGCCAGCCGCUGCGAAACGUCUGUGUUUGGCGCUGGAACGUGAAUGACCUGCCCACCCAGACAAGUCGAGGGGGGUAGCUGUCGAGCCAUUCCAUCGCCUUACUUACCGGCUCCAUGGUCGACUCAUCAGUGGGAAUCUUUGAUAUCUCCUCAUACACUGGACCCCCUCCCCAGCACGUGGCAUUCCCAUCUGUAUCCAGUCCACAGAUGAACGACCCCCCGGCAGCCACAUCCUUGGUCUUUAAGGGGGGCGUAUCACACUGGCCGUUGUCAUUGGAACCCCAGCAGUGCGUCAUUGCUAGGCUAUCGAUGCCACAGCAAUGAAACGAUCCGCAAGACACCUAAAAGGAGGGGGGAGGGGGCAGGGAAGAGAAGAUAGGCUUGUUUUCUCCACCAAAGGCACCCGCUGACCUUGUCCCAGAAUACUGUGUCUUGAUUGUCUUGGUAUAUAUCGCCGAGAACGGGCGGUGUCGUUUGCCCAAAUGCCUGCAAGCCCCAACAUGUGACCUGUGCAGCAUCCAGGACGGCACAGCAGACGUCCUCGUAACAGCUCAAAUCACUCCAGCUGUCCACGGCUGCCAAGGCAGGAGGGCUCGUGCGGGCGUCGGGGACGCCCCAACAUACCAACACCUGAACAAAAGGAACCCAAAUGCGCCAAGAGCGCUUCGUGCAAUCAAGAUUCUAUCUACCUUGGUGAGUGUGGAUGCGCAUGUGUGGUACGUGCCAGCAGCAAUGAGGUCGUAUCUCCCCUGAUAAGAAGGGGGGACGCUGCUCUGCCGGUUGGAGUUGUCACCAAAGCAAUAAACAUGGUUCAAAUUCGUCACGCCACAUGAAUGGAAGCCGCCGGCCGUCAGCGAAGUGAAAUGCUCGUUCUUCGCCAGGUCCUGUGUCGGAACGUCCAGCUGCCCCUCACUGCCUCUCCCCCAGCAGUGUGCCGUCGGCAGUGCAGAGCCCAGGGUCAGCAGAUCAUCUUGCAGUGCAAGCGUUGGCACGGACGGGAAGCCGCUGCCCGGCCCUGCUUGGGUAACGCCGCAUGCGUGGAACGGUCCGGCCGACAGCUGGGAGAAGAGGAAGCCCACUGGAGGCAUCGUGCGGCCAGUGAGGUCUUGGCCGCCAUGCCAUCCCACAGCAGUGCCGUGCGGGGCGGCAAUAGCCAGACAGUAGUCAUCUCCACAGUCGAUGUGGUCGAAGUGAAUAGUAACCGAGGCAGCGGGCAUCGCAAAGCUCAUCAGAAACGUCCACACACGCCUCCACCGCGACAUUUUCAUGGCGACCUGAUUGUCGCGAAUAGCGGCUGCCUGGUGUUGGUUGGCUCAAGGGUUCCCCCUGCUGAGAGAACCUCUUUCUGUCUUUU